GGACAGCAUCUGAGGACCCGUCCCCAUCCAAAUGCGGAGACACACAGGGGUGACAUGAAGGUGGUCUGUUGCUGUCCUGAGCCCAAGACCAGGGGUUCCUUCGGCUCCCCAGAUCCCGCAGCAUCUCACCUCCAUGCCCCUGGGAACCAGGGCCAGGCUGGCCGGAGGAGGGUCCGUCCACUGGCGGGGGCACGCCGGCAGGACCGACGCCUCCGGGCUGGCGAGCAGACAGCGCCCGCGGCUCUGCUCCCGCAAGGGCCGGCCCCUGCCUCCCCGGAGCCCGCCGGGGCGGGAGUGGAAGCCGGAUCCCGCUCUUUCGUUUUCGUUUCCCGGAAGGAUAGAGAUUACCGGAGCGCCCUUGUGAGCCUGCUCGCCCCGGGAACCCGAGGCCACCCGGCGCUUCUCUUCUCGAAAGAGAUUUCCUCCUAGGCCACCUUCCAGUUUUGGGAGCCGAGUUAGGGGUUGGGGGAAGGAGGCCCAGCAGCCGCAGCCGGCGGAGCGCUCACGACGGACAGCCGGUGGCUCCCUCACCUCUCCACCUGUGAUGCAGGAGGGAGAAUUGGCCAGUUUUUCUGUGAGCCCCGAGGCAGCCACACCACCCCCAGGCACCCAGGCCAAAUGUGAAGCUGGAAUGGACUUGCUGGGUGAAGGGGGAAUCUGCAAGCUGCCAGGAAGACUCCGCAUCCAGCCGGCACUCUGGAGCAGGGAGGACGUGCUGCACUGGCUGCGUUGGGCCGAGCAGGAGUACUCUCUGCAGCGCACGGGGGAGCACGGCUUCGAGAUGAAUGGCCGAGCCCUCUGCAUCCUCACCAAGGAUGACUUCCGGCUUCGUGCACCUGGUUCAGGUGACGUCCUGUAUGAGCUGCUUCAGUACAUCAAGACCCAGCGGCAAGCCCUGGUGUGUGGGCCCUUUUUCGGAGGGGCCUUCAGGCAGAAGAUGCCCCCUCAGCGCUGCCCCUGCCUCCUGGAAGAGGGGACUGGGCGACCUCAAUUGGCCCCCCGAACGGGUCUCCUGCAGCAGCCACCACACCUGGGGUUUGCCAGCUCCUUGAGCCACCUGGCCAGGUGGCCCCUUGGCAGGGAGGACUCCAUCAACGUAUCUCACUGUUCAGAGCUCAGCUGCAGGGCUGAGGGAGCCUGCUCCUCCCCCAUGAUGCCGGAGGCUCCCAUUGAUGGCAGGAUCGCUGAUUGCCGGCUGCUGUGGGAUUAUGUGUACCAGCUGCUCUCUGACACCAGGUACGAGCCCUACAUCAGGUGGGAAGACAAGAACGCCAAGAUCUUCAGAGUUGUGGAUCCAAACGGGCUUGCCAGACUCUGGGGAAACCACAAGAACCGGGUGAACAUGACCUACGAGAAGAUGUCACGUGCCCUGCGACACUACUAUAAGCUGAACAUCAUCAAGAAAGAACCUGGGCAGAAGCUCCUGUUCAGAUUUCUGAAGACGCCCAGGAAGGUCGUCCAGGACAGGGAGCAACCAGAGAGCCCGGAGUGGGGCAGGUUGGAUUUCAACGAGGAGAUGCUGCAAGUCUCUCCCUGAGGGGCAGGUGGAUUCUGGGUACCAACCGAGUCUCCCGGGAAGGCACCUGGCCGCACGGCGGCCUCCUCCUCCCUCCCAGGGCAGCAGGGAUCCCCAGCAGGUUUUGCACUCAAGGGAUCACAGCUGUUGUCUCUGACCUCAAAGCUGCCUGGGCACCUGGGAGGCUGGGAACUGGGAAGCCUCACAUUCAGGACAUGGUGGGGGGGCAUCAUUCUUCGGUAGGGCAGCCCUGGGGCUCAGCGGAGUGCAGGGAGUGAUCCCUCUCUCUGCCCUACUCCUUGCUGCCUGCCCAGCUUGGGAGUGAGAGCAUCCAGCCCAAUUCCUUCAACUUACAGAAGAAGGAAGCGGAGAUCCCUUACUGGACCUCAGUUUCCUCAUCUGUGAAAGGGAUGAGCUCAUGACAACCUGCCCUCGGGGGGGCUGAUCCUGCCUGGGAGUAUUGUUUCGUCAGUCUUAGUAAUAAUGACAAUAACAAUAAUAAUAAUAAGCUGCAUGGGGAAAAAAGAGUACUGUUUCAUCAGUCUUAAUAAUAAUAAUGGUAACUGACAUUUAAGUGUUUACUAUGUGCCAGGCCUUGUGCUAAGGGUCCUGCCUAUAAUUUAUGUCAUUCAAUUCACACUCCAAACCCCUGAAGUUUAAAGAUGGGGAAAUGGAGGCAGAGGUUUGCAGAGCUGGGAUGUGUCUCCAAAACCCAGUGCUAUUACUUGGUUGGUUGGUUGGUUUUAGUGACUCUGAAUGUAUUGGGCACUUCUCAAGCAGAGGCCGUGGCCCUACCUCUCUGCCCUCAGCAUCUCUGCUGAACAGUUCAUUUCACUUGGCCCAACCUCCAUUUCCCGAGUUUUCGGAACUUUGGUGCCUCUGUGACAGUGACCGAGGGAAGAUCUCCACUCCCUCUCCACCUGUGGUUUCCUAUCUCCCGUUCCUGGACCUGCCGUGUGACCUUGGGCAAGUUGUUUCAUUUCUCUGGAGCCUCAGGCUUCUCAGCCACAAAAUGCAGAGGCUAGUCCUGCCCUGACCUCUCAGCAUUGCAGGAAAUCUUCCUAAGACAGCGUCUGUGACAUGCUUAGUGGGCACCUGCUCUGUAAGGAGUACGGAGUCCGCGUUAGCCAAGAGGACUCUGCAAACCCAAAGCUGCUCUAAAGCAGGGAAAUGCCUCUGUGCUAUGGGUUCAGCUUCUCUCUGCUCCAUACCCCUCCCCCUUCCCCCUGCCUCGAGACUGGCUGGGGCCUCCCGAGGGGGUCAGAACCUCUGCCCUGCGACCCCUCCAGUAAGGUUUAGGGGAGAAAGGGAAGGGAGUGUUUUCACUUCGCUGAAAACAGAACUUCUUAUAGUCACAUCUUCUUUCUUGGAAGGAGGAAACGACUCCUGCCUCUCGCCCCCAGCAGGCCAGGAAAUCCCCCUUCUGGCUGAGCCUGAACUGGCUUUGAAUCACUGUGCAGAAGCUGAUAAGGAUUCUCAGACUUUGGCCCUCAGAACUGUGACCACUCUUGAGCGGGGCUUAUGUCCUGGCUUAGUUCCCCGCACCCCCCCCCCCCACCCCCCCCCCCCGCCAGGGUCCUCGACAGUUCCACACCAGAGGAGGCCGGGCAAGUGGCCUUGUCCAAAAGGUUCAGUAGGAAAAUCCUUGGCCGCUGUCAUCUUCCUUCAGACUGUUCUAUUUCCUUGACUUUGUUCCAGGAUGAACCCAUGCCCCAUAGCUUUUCUCAUCCUCUUUAACCCAGAACUACACAACUGGGCUGGGAAAGACUGUCACAGUCAGCAUGUCCAGACUCCUUUUAUUGAUAAGGCAACUGAGGCCAGAGAGGGGGACUGACCUGCUCAAGGACACACAGCCCAGCUCAGCCUGGUGACUCCUAAUGGGGUCUCAUAGGUUACUUCUUCCAGGGAGCCGUUGGCAAUUGCCUGCUGAUGUGUUUGUUAAUGGUUGUUAACAGCUGCUUAUCCCAGUGAUUGUGUCUUCUUCACCCAGGGGGUGAUGAAUCUCACCCAGUGUUGGGACCACCGGGGCCUGGGUUGGGCAGAAGUCUACCACCCUGGAGGAACUCGGAGCCCUGGCCUCUCCACUCAUCCCCGGGGAGGGGGAUCUCCACCCUUUCCCCAUCUCCCCAGGCGCUAGUCUGGAACAUCCACCUCGGUGACAGGAAUGAAAGGAUUCAUUCAGCCCUUCCCUCCACCAGCAUUAAUAGAGCACUUGCUGUGUACCUGGCGUCAGGGGAGGCUCUGGGUUUACAUCCAGUUUUUACAUAGUCAGAUUCUUGAAAAGUGAUGGGUCACUGGAAACAUGUCAGAAUGGACUUCCUCACAAAUGAUUUUACAGAGCAGGAAAUAUAUUCUCAUGAUUUGAAAAAGUAGCCAGCCAUGUCUGUCUUUUUCUUUUUCUUUUUUUGCCAGAUACUAUUAAAGUCAACAGUCGAUAAACAAUUUAUUUCAAAAGUGAGUGUGUUAAGAGGUUCAUUAAUGAAAUAAAUGACACCAGUCACUGUCUCCGUCCGGUCAAACCACUUACCGCACUAACCCAGGAGCACAGGCUCCAUUGUUCUCCAUCUUCUCUGCUAUGUGGAUUCUUGCCAACAGUCUUUUUCCCUCGCAAGGAAAUUCCACACACCCCCCCCCCCCCGGCUUUACUGAGGUAUGAUUGACAUAUAACACGGUGUACAUUUGUGACGACAUCUAGCGCUUCCUUCAAUCCUGGUGACUCUGCCGCACUUCGGGCUCCUCGAUGCCGGUGACCCAUCAUCUCUCGCGGAGGAGCCUAGUGGCAACGACCUUUCUUGGCUUCUUCCUCUGGUCCCUCCCCGUGAGGUUAAUCCACAUUUUUUACCCAAGUGUUCUCUCUGAAGUUUUGUAGACAUGAACAGAAAACACAUACGUUUCCAGAGUAAGGUCUUCAUACCCCCAACUCUCCAGCAUCUGGCGGUAAAUGUGAAGGUGCUCCUGGCUCAGAAGGAGUCCGGUCCCUUUCUCUGUGCUGGCUUGUCCCCUCAUUGGGACUUCUGGACUCAGCUGCCACAGGGAUAGCUCCACGAUUUGGGGGAAGAGUUUAAAAAGUAUGUUGUUCUGGGGUCACGUGGGUGGCCCAUCAGUUGAGCAUGUGACUUCUGCCCAGGUCGUGAUCUCGCAGUUCAGCCCCACAUGGGGCUCUCGGCUGUCAGCCUGUCAGUGCAGAGCCUGCUUCAGAUCCUCUGUCCUCCUCUCUCCACUCCUCCCCUGUUUGCACCCUCCCCCCAAAUAAAUAAACAUUAAAAAAAAAAGUAUGUUGUUCUGGGGCGCCUGGGUGCCUCGGUGGGUUAAACGUCCGACCUCGGCUCAGAUCAUGAUCUCGCGGUCCGUAGGUUCGAGCCCCGCGUCAGGUGCUGUGCUGACAGCUCGGAGCCUGGAGCCUGCUUCACAUUCUGUGUCUCCCUCUUUCUCUGCCCCUCCUUGGCUCGCACUCUGUCUGUCUGUCUCUCUC